AUGAACUAUAACGGGCAGAAUUUACCAGAAGCGAAAGUAGCAGCAGCGCCAGAAAGACCACAACAACAAGCUCACCCAGCUCCACAAAUGUUUGACGCUUUUCAUCAGUCACCUCACGGUGAAUUCAAGCCUACUUUUUACAAUCCGUUUGAAGUGAAACACAGACGUCGUACUUCCCGCCAGCAACUAAAAAUUCUCGAAAAGGCCUUUAAUGAGAAUCCUAAACCCCAUGCCGCUGUUCGUCAAGCGUUGGCUCAAAAGUUAAACAUGACCCCUCGUGGUGUUCAGGUCUGGUUUCAAAACCGACGUGCAAAGGCAAAAAAACAAAAAACUGUCGAUGAAAGCCCUUCACCUGAAUGCUCAUCCGAAGGUUUGAUAGUAUCUAGUCCAACAGAUUCUUUAGAAACAUUUUUUUCCACAGCCGACUCAACAAUUUCUGUUACAACCACGGAGCAUGGUGGUCAAGAAUGUGUCGAAAGUGAUUCAUCAACUGAUAUCAAUGAUCAAGCUUUGGAAAGUACUGCCAAUAGUCCAUCAGAAGUUUAUUGUGGAUAUGAAGGAAAUCAGAAUGAUUCAACAUUUUACGUUGACCAGCCAAAACCCGUCAACGAUAUGCUUGCUCAUGAAACAGAAAAUGGUCAAUUGCCAAAAAGGUCUCGUCAGAAGCCAAACAUCGACCCUCUCAAAACUACCUGGGAAACACAAGAAGAAUAUGAACAUAUGGUUCAACAACGACAGCUCAUUCAGAAACCAUCGAAUUCCCAACACGACGACGGAGAAUGGAUGCACUCAAACGUGUCUUCUGCAUCAACCGUGGCAUCCGAGUAUGUGUAUGAUCACAUUGACAACCUUCUUCCCUUAUCCACCCCUCAAUCUGCCGUCACUAUUUCGGAUUACUUUACCGAGUAUGCUUACAGUCCUACCGUUAGCUCUGUAAUUAGUGACAAAGAUGCCGUUGAUUCUAAUGAACCCAUGCACUCCGGCACAUACGCGAACACUCGUC